ACGAUUGGUUGGUAGAUAGCUCUUGAAACAAAUAUUUUUUCUCUCUCUCCAUUUUAGGCAAUUCCAAAACAUAGCAAGAACCCAGCCGCACAUUCGACACCAUGCGGAGAAACCCGAACCCUUCAUCUACACGGUGUAGCGGUAAAUCUAGACCCCUCCCCUUUCAGCCCCGGGAGCACCGCACUGUUUACCCAACCAUUGUGGAGGCCAGAAUAAAUCGGGCGGAUCGAAUGAUCGUACCGGCCCGGUUGUCACAACAUAAGGAGCCGACUCUACACUCCCUCCCACCGAGCCUCAGAAGAAGAAAAAUGGAGACGAUGGAACAAGAUUUAAGAUGAAGAUACAACGACGAGGGAUUUAGAGACACAGGGUUCGUCACAGAUGCCGGUUCCAGUCGGUUAGAGGAAAGCAGGGUGUCAGCUGUGAGACUGAGAGGGUGGUCACCUUAUCAAAACAUGGCGACUUCCACAGUCAAGUCCGGUCGGUCCGCCAGCCCAAAAAUGAUGCGGAAUAGGAUCUCACCUUUCUCCAAACUUCUGAACCAGGUGGCCACGGGGUUACGUCAGUCUGCAGACGACUUUUCCCAGGUCAAACUGAUGCUGCAGAUCGACGGCCAUCUUGCCGCUGACGUCAUAGAAAACAUGCGCGAUCCGGCACAGAUGUUCGACGAACUCUUCAAACUUUUCAAGGUGACAAAGACUGACAUAGACCUCCUAGAGGACCUGGUCCGAGAUGCUGGGAAGAUGCUAGACUUUCAGGAGGGGCUGAAAGAGUUUAAGCGGGAAAGUCGGUACGAAAGCAUCGAGCCUUCCCCCGAGAGAAACGCACACGCCAUAGCGGACAAGCUGGAAAAACUCUUACAUAAUGACAGGUCCAAAGAGAGUAGUGGUGUUCUGGCCUAUCUACAGCACUACGGGAAGGUGAAAGGGUUCGGUCGGGAGCGGCUCCAUGUAGUCAAGAGCGACAUUUGUUCCAUGUUGGGCAUCAAGCGUUCACAGUUCAUCUUCAUCACUAAGUACCAGGAGGAGAAGAAGGAGGAAGGGUACGUGUGUAUCUACCAGCUUCCCGCCAGCAGGGCCAGGAAACUCAUCGCCAUGACCAAGUCAAACGACGACAGACUCUUAGGUCUUGGCCUGAGAGCUGUACGACUGACCGGACACAGACGUGUACCCCUGUCCAUGCCGUUUAAAGAGGAAGAACUCUACAAAAGGACCUUCAAAAAGAUGGAAGAACUCUCCAAACUCUACGACCAGCCCAUAUCAGCGCUCGAGUCGGGCAUCCUCGGAAACCAGCUGGCGAAACUUGCCGAGAAGCACGAGAAGGAGAAAACCGAAGUGACGCCGACGCCUACGAAAGAACCCGAGAGGCCACGACUGCCGCCGAUCUCUCUCCCACCUGCUCCUCGGAAGCCGAUGAUCAGCUCCAGCCUUCCGGUCAACCAUCUUCACGAUGAAAACAAAAGACUUCUCUUGCAAACACACUCUCUUCAAGAAAGCCUUGUGAGUCAAAAGCUCGAGCUAGUGAGGAAGACAGAGCAAGUGAGAGAAAGGGAGCUCCAAGUUGCACACCUUGAGAGACAGGUGUCAAUGUACGAACAACAGAACACAAACUUGCACAAACAGGGACUUACGAUGGCGAGGAAGCUACAGGAUAUGAGGAAGCAAGCGAUCAUGUUGGAGCAAAGAAUGAAGGAGUUCCAGAUCAAAAACGACCUGUACAGGACGGCCGCGCGUACCAAGAUGCGUUUUGGUAAUCAGCUCUCAUUGGCUAGGAGAGCGAUCCCACAAGUCCGUGCGGUACGACCCAGGGACGUCCUGAACUGAGUGAACGAUUUUUGUGAUGCUAAAAAGAAGGAAGAAAAAUAUGUCUAAAAAUGGACAAAAAUUGACAUAAAAAUGACGGAUUUUUGAUACAUUAAUUUUCGUCUAAGGUUGUGGGUUAAACCUCUGUAUAUGGUGACAAAAUAGACAUAAAUAUCACAUGUAUAUAUACGCUAAUGUAGCGCUAGUUUACCUUUAUCCGCGGGGUAACCUAUAUUCGUUGGCGUUGUUUGAAAACAGCGGCAGGGAUAUCAAGUCUUUCAUACUGCAAUAUUUUGAAAGUACUGCAGUUUUAAAUCUUCGUCCGUCGACUUGAUAUAUACCGUUUUUAAAAACAAAACGGACAUAUGUUACUCGCGGAUAAAAGUGAACUAGCGUUAUGCCAGAACCACUGGACAAAAAUACACCAUAAACAUCAAAGUUUCCGUUAAUUCUUUACGCUUACACGAUCAUCAAAUGUUGCGGUCAUUUCAGGUCCGGUUUGGGUUUGUAUUAAUGGAGUAACAGGGUGGUGUUGCAAAAGAUAUCCGUUGUUGUUAUAUACUUAUCGUGUAUAAAAAACUUUUUGAAAUAAAAAUUUUCAAUGGAUUUCUGAAUUUAUGUACAUGCCAUGCAUGUCAAUGUUUCAAUAUAAUAGUGAUUAAGACGUUAUGGUGAUAAUAAAUAAUGCACAUUGUAAUCAAAA